AGACAUUUGGUUUAGCCAUUUUCUCGUCGUUUCGCUUCACCUUUUCUUGACAAAUUUUGUAUAAUUCACCAUGCGGCCUCCAGCAACGGUUCUCUUGGAUGGGGGAUUUGAAUGGGAUGUCACUCCUUGUUAUUUCAGUGAAAAUAGCAGUGAAUCUGAGGAUUCUGACAAAGAUGAGGACAAUGAAGCGAGUAAGAAAAAAAUGCGCAAGUUAAAAUUUAAGAAUCAAUGGCGUGAAGAAAAAAAACAACGAGAAAUAAGAAAUAGAAAACUUGAAGCAGAAUUAAUUCAAAUUGAAAGAGAUCCACUAAAUCCUGAUCACUAUGAGCGAUUAUUGUUGGAUAAUCCCGGCAGCUCAUUUAUUUGGAUGAAAUACAUGGCUUUCUAUUUACAUACUAGAAAUUUAGAAACAGCAAGGGCAACAGCAAAAAGAGCAUUGACUACAAUUGAUGCUAGAGAAGAGAUAGAAAAACUAAAUGUUUGGACUGCACUUUUAAUUGCAGAAGAAUUAUAUGGCAACAAGGAAUCAUUUAAACAAACAAUGAAUGAAGCAUUACGUUCAAAUGAUGAAUAUAUGGUUUAUAUAAAAAUAUUGGAAAUAUUUGAAGAAUCUAAUGUAUUAAAAGGACUAGAUAAAUUCACUUCAAAAAUAAUUACAAAGUUUAGUGAUUCUCUUGAUGCUUAUCUACGUUGUGCUAUUAUGUACUUCAGACUAAAUAAAUCUGACCAAGCAAGAUUGAUUUUACAAAAAGCAAUAUCAAAUCUUCCAACCAAAUCACAUGUCAUUAUGAUAAGUAAAUUUGCUUUGCUGGAAAAUCAUGUAGGAUCGAAAGAAGAAGCACAAACACUUUUUGAACAUGUCUUAACUUGCUAUCCUUCACGUAUUAAUGUAUUGAGUUUAUAUGUAGAUAUGUUGGUAAAAUCCAACAAAAUAGAUUUGGCAAGACAUGCAUUAGAAAGAGCAACAACACAAACAUUAGCACCGAGAAAGAUGAAUAGUUUGUUUAAUAAGUGGUUAAAGUUGGAAAAAAAGCAUGGGACUUCUGAAUCUGUAGAUAAGGUUAAGAUAUGCAUGAAUAAUUAUGUUGCAAAAGUAAUCUUGAACGGUUAAUAAUAAAAACAAUAAUAUUUUUAGAAUUAAUUAUUGUAAUUGUUUUGUUAUAAAUAUCUAGAACCUAUAAUAAUCUUAUGAA